AUGGCAGAUCGAACAAGAGUUCCAAAUAUGUUGGAUACUUUUAUGUAUUAUAAUAAAAAUCCUACACCACCAUUUCCUGGAUAUGGAGUACCACCUACCUAUCUUCCAAAUCAAACAAAUGUUCAACCAUAUGUUGCUCAAGUUGGACUUGAUCCUUGGCCGGUUAAUGUACCAGCUUAUCCUCAGGAAUACGAAACACAUUUUCCUCUAGGAACUAAUUAUUGGUGUACACCAGAAUAUAAAUUAACUCCGAACAAUCUCAAUGCUAGUGAACCAACAUUAUUGAUACGUGAAAAUCGAUCUAAACCCGGUGUUAAACUUGCUUUUACAGAAAAAGGAGCUGAAAGUGAUCCUCGUGUAUUUCGUUCUCGUUAUGGUACAUCAGCAGAUGUUCCAGCUCGACCAUAUUAUGCUCAACCAUGGCUUAUUGAUGAAAUUCGAAAAAUCAAAAAUUAA